ACAAGACAGGAGGGAGAAGGCCCUCCCCACCCCACCCUGCGCUGCUCCCUCCCCUUCAACAAAGGGCUGCUCAGAGCACUCUCAGGAACACCCAGGGCCCCCCCCCGUGGGUUUGAUGGUUUCCUUUGUUGUUUGUUUGUCUGUUUGUUUUUAAAGGCGCAAUGGGUACAGUGGGCCGUGAGGGUGCAGCUGCCCCUUUCGGGCAGGGCCCUGUGCCUUCUGCCCCCCUGUCCUGUCCUGCCCCAUCCCGUCCCCCUCCAUGCCUCGCCCGGCCCUCCGUCUCACGCCCUGCGGCGCUCUCUCGACCCCCUCCCCCAACAGGUGAACCAGGGCAACCUGCCGGGACUGCAGAGCACCUUCCUGGCCAUGGACACGGAGGAGGGCGUGGAGGUCGUCUGGAACGAGCUGCAGUUCACAGACAAGAAGGCCUUCAGGGCGCAUGAGGAGAAGAUCAAGACCAUGUUUGAGCAGCUGGUGAUUGUUGACCACCCCAAUAUUGUGAAGGUGCACAAGUACUGGAUGGACGUGAAGGAAACCAAGGCCCAGGUGAUUUUCAUCACGGAGUACGUGUCCUCGGGGAGCCUCAAGCAGUUCCUCAAGAAGACCAAGAAGAACCACAAGGCCAUGAAUGCCCGGGCUUGGAAACGCUGGUGCACGCAGAUCCUGUCUGCUCUCAGCUACUUGCACUCCUGUGACCCGCCCAUCAUCCACGGGAACCUGACCAGUGACACCAUCUUCAUUCAGCACAACGGACUCAUCAAGAUAGGCUCAGUGUGGCACAGAGUCUUUGCGAAGGGUAAGUGGGGUUUCUUUUGGGGGAGCGGACGGGCCACAGCCCCCCCUCUCUUGGGCUCGGCCGAUGGAUACUUUGUGCGUGUCGCCUCUUGGCCUUGGCUGGGUGGGGGCCAGAUCGUUGUGGUUGUCCUUGGCUUUUCAGAUGUGGCAGACGGGACGGCGGUGGACAUCUUCUCCUUUGGCAUGUGUGCCCUGGAGAUGGCCGUGCUGGAGAUCCAGUCCAAUGGAGAUGCCUGCGUGACAGAGGAGGCGAUCCAGCGUGCCAGGCACUCUCUCGACGAUCCCAACAUGCGGGAGUUCAUCCUCAGCUGCCUCCUUCUGAACCCUGAGAAGCGGCCCACCGCCCACAAUCUGCUUUUCCACCGGGUCCUUUUUGAGGUCCACUCCCUGAAACUGCUGGCAGCCCAUUGCUUCAUCAGCAAUCAGUACCUCUGGCCCGAGAACGUGGUGGAGGAGAAGACCAAGCAGCUGGACCUCAGCAUCGUCAUGGCCGAGAUUCAGCGGCAGAAUCGGCCCCCCGUGCAGUGGAGGUAUUCAGAGGUCUCUUUCCUGGAGCUGGACAAGUUCCUGGAAGACGUGAGGAACGGCAUUUAUCCUCUGAUGAACUUUGCUACCACCCGGCCCCACAUGCUCCCACGCAGCACCUCCCAGCCCCCCGAGGACCCACAGAAAGCCAAGACGCCCACCCCAGAGCCUUUUGAGGUCGAGACCAGGAAGGUGGUCCAAAUGCAGGGCGGCAUGGACUGGAACGAGGAGAAGCGGCAGUGGCACCUCACCCUCCUUCUGGUCCUGGAGGACAAGUUGCACCGCCAGCUCACGUACGACCUGCUGCCAAACGACAAUCCCACGGACCUGGCGGUUGAGCUGGUGCAGUAUGGAUUCAUCAGUCAGGACGACUGCGAGAAGGUGGCCCUCUUCCUUGAAAAUGCCUUCCACAAGCAUCACUCUCCCCCCUCCUGAAGACUGCCUGUGGCAGAGACACGCUCUGGGGGCCGAAAGGGACCUUGAGGAAGAGGCACACGGAGCUGGCCCUACGGACCCGGGGAGGGGGGGCGCGCGGCUGCAGUCACUCCCCUCCGUUUAUCCAGGCCUGAAGGGCCACGCCGGGAGAGAGGAAGAGGAGAGGCGUGAGGCUAGGCCACCCUUCCCACGCGGCCUGCGGAUCCUGCCCUGCAGAUUGGCACAGACCGAGGGGGGGCGGGAGCCACCGUUGGUGCGUGGUGGGGAUCCUGCUGGAGGCGGGCGGCGGCGGCCAGCCCCCUCCACCCCAAGGGUGCCCUUUCUCCUCCUCUCCCUUCCAAAGUGGAUGUCGCUGCAGCUGGCUGGCGCCCAGUGCCUGGUGGAAGGGUCGCUCUUGAGUGCCUUUUGCUCUCUAGAAUUUCCCCGGGAAGCUGAGAGAGCUCGCCUGGCGACGGAGAGACACGUUAAGGUGGCACGCCUCAGAGGAAGAUGACCCCGUGCAGACGUCCAUGACUUGCCCGGACCGCCACUGUCUUGGGCCUCUUAAAGGAAAGGCCUGGUAACCUGCCCAGCUUGGGCGGCGGGGGUGGGGGAGAGGUUGGAGCUGGGGAGGGCAGCUGGGCCACGGGCUUUGGGACCAUGGCCAGAUCUGAGGGAUCUUCACUUCCAGAAGCUCUGUUGCUGCUGUUGAUGACAAUGCUUUAAGCACAUUGCACAAGCAUGGCAUAACCCUGCUGUGCCAGGCUGGCCCUCGCGGGGGAGGGGGAGGGGGU